AUGAAAUCGCAGUUCAUCUUUCUAGGUGUUUUUGGCGAAUUGGCUUUCCAAAGGUCUAAUCUCUUGGUUAUGUCCUGGUACCAGUCGUCGAGGUCCUUGAAUCUGCGUGGCAGCUCUCUUUUGUCGUACAGAAUACCCUGCACCUCCGAUUGGAGCUCUCUGAUCUUAAACAUCGACAAGGCCACCGCUUUGUAUGUUGGCAUGGUGCUGGUUCUGGUGGAGUAG